AAAAGUGAUACAUUGCCUCCUUGCCUGCUGCUCUUUGGUCCUCGGCGCCAAGUCUCUUUACAUUGCCAUGUACCUGGAUGACGGAGCAAGCGAUCGAGGCAAUGUAAGCAGAGGCAACGGAGCAGCCGCGACACGAUUGAGGUACCAAAGUAGCGAGCAAAGGAGGAGGAAGAGCCCACAGACGAUGAUAAUUGCGUGCCUUGUUUCGCUUCUGGAGCCUCUGCGUGGCUGUGACCCUUGCUGAUCCCAUCUUGACCUUCUGAACAGAUGAGCUACCUCCCAUUCCUGACGUGAUCUUCCUCGAAUCUGCGUACUCGCCUUCUUUCUCUCAGAGCCGCCGACUGGCAAAGACUAUGGACUACUCUUUGUGGUCCCAAGACGGAAACAAUGGGACCACUGUCGAGCACUGGACUACGCAAGUAGGAGGCGACACAGAGCAAAGCAGCAAAAAUGUCUCUCCUGACCACUCAGGGUCGGAUGGUGACCUCCAGAUAGGCCAUGGCACCACCGUCUGGCGCAAUACCGCCAUCUUCCCGCCUACGCCUGACAAGCACUCGCGCGCGCCCUCCGUUGAUAACGCUUCAGCCCCUGUGUAUUCCCAGCCAAGUCCUCCUCACCUUCGAGACCCAUACCGGCAGGAAGCUUCCCUACCUUCGACGCCUACCACACACAGCCAUGGAUCUUCCGAGCUGGGAACAAACAGAGGGAACACACCGGCAGGAUCCUUUGGUGCGCCACGAGGCAGCGGCGAAUCCCUUCGGGCACGUCGACAGGGCACCUCUUCCUCGGCAGGUGACAGGAAGAUGGUGGGCGCUGGCAUCUUUAUCGUAUCGAAGAGUGGGCCAAGCUGGGUCAGUGAUCGACCAUCGCCAAGCUUGCCCACAUUUGCCGCCGCUGCAGAGGCAAAUGCACAGCAGGCGAAUUACACGAUGCUUUCGCCUACAAGCAUUACGCAUGAGGGGGAGCACGCCUUCAUGGAACGGACAGACAAGCUGUACCAUGCUUCGAGAAGAGAUUGCGAGCAAACACUACUGGCGACAGCAUCCAAUAGUAUCGUCAACUGGCUGGAAGCGCAAGAAACUCAAAAGGCAGGACUGCUCUUUUCGCCUGGAGGGCAAACGCAAUUCAUCACUCAGCAAAGUAGCUCCGACUCUCGAAAACAAAUUGCUCAGCAUCGCCCUUCCACAGAAGAGCAUGCGCUUAGUGCACCGCCUCGCAGGGUCUCUGGUCCCCGACCUCAGAGUAGCACCGGGAGGCGUUCACAAGAGACAAGAUGUACCUUGGAAGUGACAUGCCCUCCCCGGCAGAACGAUGUGAAAGACAGCAGCGAGGAUGAGCUCGUCGAUGAGCUUGAUCGAGCUUUGAUCGCACAUCUCAAGGUCACAACUUCCGCCGACUACGCCCGCCAUGGCUUCGACGAUGACCACGAGAAUGAUGUGUUUCCUCGAAGCGCUACUACGGAAGGCACCGAAGGCAAAGGCGAUGGCGACGACUGUUCCAUGGUUGCGAGGAUGGGCUCGAUGUCUUCAGCGAGCUUCACACAACGUAGCUUUGGCUCAGACACGGCCUCAGAAGCUAUGGCUGGAGGCAGGGCUGGCUCGACUACUCUUGAACGUGUUGCUGCCGACGGACAAGAAGCUACAAGCGCUCAUGACAUUGACAGCGAUGAAGAGCAGCGUUUCUGGGUUGGCUCGGAUCGUGGCUCCGCGGCAGCCACACCUCUACCGAGCAUUGAGGGGAACUCGGACACCCAGCCCACCAGUGUGUGGGAGGCCUCAUCAGUGACUUCGCACCGCGACUCAAGCAUCUUCCCCAUAGAACGAAGAGAGAAAGCUGUACCCUCCAGAAGUCUCGUCCUGCCGCAAGUGGCAGACGUUGCGUCCCGGAGAGGUUCCGGCAGUAGCUGGCGUCGCUCGCAUCCCAUCUUCAGCAUUGCAAUUUCCUCCAAACCUCCCUUGAUUGAGAAAGGUCGAAGUGCUAGUAGUGCCAGUACUAUCCUCAACCGACCAGUGCCUUCAAGCCGUCGGAGCAGCCGGUCGGCUGGUCGGUUCGAAGAGGUCAAGACUCCACCAAGAUCGAAUGGUAGAGGCCAUCGCGAGACAAUGAUGUCGUUGGCUGACUCUGAGUAUAGCGAAGGCUGGUAUGAAGAGAAUCUCAUCGACAGUAAGACGCAAAGUGGGCUCUUAAGCACUCCUCACGUCACCGUUCAAACUGCCAAGAAGGGGACCGUGUCCAGUCCGGAUGUCAUGAUGCGGUUCUUGGGAACGCCUUCGCCUGCCCGACCGGAAUUCCUCGUCCCGCGUUCGCCUGCAAAGAAGUAUGCGGAAGCCUGCGUACAGGCGAUACCAGACGAAGCUAUCCAAUCAACUGAUCAAAGGCAGAGCUCGUCCUCACAUGUAGUCAACAAGGAGGCGAGCCGAAAAAGUCGCCGCCCGGAUCUCCGUAUCGACACUGUUGCAGCGGCAGAUCCAGGGUCCAGCCUCUCUGUCCCAGACGCACGUUCGGAGCCAAAGUCGGCUUUGCGGAGCGCAUUGGGAGUCUGUUGCCCCAAGUGUGGUCACGACUUCCUUCCACCACCCAAAAAACUAGAUGCAGCUUCAGCAAUCGAGGGAGCCAAGAAGCUGGCGGAGGCUAGGGUUCAAAAGAGGCGUGCUGCCUUGGCCGCAACAUCCAGUCGUUCCCUCCGCAGCGCACCUGCCCAUACCUCUGAUUUCCCGAACGAGUCUCCUCCUCCUAUGCCCUCUACAGUCACUGUGACUCCUGACAGCCGCCGACAGAUCGAGUCUGAUGAUGAGAGGAUGCCGUAUCAACAGAGACUGCGCGAGAGCAGGAGCACCUUCGCCUCAAGCAUUGAGAGUGAAGGAAGUUCGAGUCGGAAUCACAUCAUAGUCCAGCGAACUCAUCUGCUACGAACACUUGCCAGUAGCAACACGGUGGCAAGUGCUUCUGCAACCCCGCACAAGUCGGAGAGAUCUGCUCCACUGCCACCGAAGAAUGUCAAUUUCUCACAGGCAGCAGAGAAGAAGAGAGAGCGUACCGAUACACACAGCAAGCGUCCAUCGCUACAAGAUGUGCUGAGCACGUUCAAGGAGCUUACUUCGCCACUGGAUAAGCUCGGUACUCAGUUGACCAAUCCUCGGGGCCAGAGUCCUGCAGCUGGCACACCUCUUCUGGGUCGCAAAGGCAGUCUCGCGUCGAGAGUAGGCAUGCCCGGCUGGGGCUCCAGUGCUUCACCUUCGAGGCAGGCAAGCGGCCCUGCUGCUCCACGAGGAGGAUCGCCAGCUCAGGUGAUCAGGCCGCAGACCGCUUCUGACACCUGGGUAGCUCCAGACUCGUGGGCGGCACCUGGGUCUUCUGCACAUCCUGCUGUCCCAUCCAAAUCAGGUCAAAGCCGAGAUCGUGUGUACAGCCCCGAUCUUCGGGACACUUCGUCUGGAAAUGACUCGUCAGACGAGGACGAUGCAGAUGUGGUAGCUCCAUUCGCCGCGCCUUCGGCAAAAGCGUUGAAACUUCUUGGUCUUGAUGCUGGACCACAGACGACGCAAAAUGAUUUGCACUCCGGGCGCCAUCGACCUGGACCGAGCCCAGGCGGGUCAAGAGUUGGCCACCUAAGCUCAGAGGGGUAUUCCGGCGACAGGACACCCACAGGAAGAGAUCCUAGCUGGAGCCCUGAUAGCGCUGCGCAUCGGAAGAGAAACCCUGUGCGGACCACUACUGCUUCCUCUUCUUCUUCCUCCUCUUCGAUGCUAAGAGCAAGCAAGUCGUACAUCGAUCUCCCGCAAUACCCCUCAAGCACAGUCUUGCCUGGCCGAAAAGAGCAUCAACAAGCUGCCAAUCUGGCUCUCUUCAGUGCUGGCCCUGUAGAAGGAAGUACACAGGGGAGUGCAAUGAAGAAGCUGCGUCAAGCGUGGCGGAAGGGCAAGGGCAAAGACUCAUCAAGUACUGACUACCGCGAGUCUCUCGAGCCUACGCCCAUGGUCAUCUCCUCUCCGAUUGGUCUCUCGAGAGCGAAGACGAUCACCAGGGUCAACACGAUGCCUCAACCUCAACCUCGGGGAUCUAUGCAUUCUUCGGACGAUGUUCUCAUGUCGAGAUACCGCAAUGACGGCGAGGAGGAAGAGGAGGAAAAGAACACAACACCCACAGGCAGCUAUCCAUUCUCCGGCACAGCUGCACAUGAUGCUGCAGAGUACCAGGAGCAGAGCGAGGAUAUCGCGGAAGCCGCGCCGGACACACGAUGGGCAUUGCCUUCGCUGGAUCUUUCGGAUCCUCCCCGCUUCGGAGAGGACGGUCUACCAUUGCAGUCGGAAGGACGCGUCUCUUUGGAGGAUGACGCAGAUUCGAUCUCGUGGUUCACUGCGGCCUAUGCUUGAGCACUGGAGGCUGACUGCGUCUGCUCGAUCUUCAUAUAUACUCUCUGACUACUCACACGGCUCAGACCUGUCUCGUCGGACUCUCAUCACCGGUCUUUGGCACCUGGAGGGCAGGCCCUCUUCC